AUGGCCAGCCCAGCUACAAUUGCAGACUUCAGUUUCCCUCAAAGGCUUACAGAACUCAUUGACCAGCAGCUUCUGCUUGUGGCUAAUGGUCUGAGCCUGAAGGCUGUGACAUUUAAGGACCUUCUGCACACGUGCGCCUUUAACUCCUCCCAGCCUCUCCCUCCCCUCUGCUCGCACCUCCCCCUUUCUGUUCUCUGUGCAAGUGGCCAGAGCCAGCAGCCCCUCAGCUCAGGAGCUGUCCCGUCAGAGUGCAAGGCCUGCGAGGGGGAAGCAGUAAAGGGACCAGGGCUGAGAGAAGGUGCCCACAGGAGUUCAGCAUGGGGAACUUCCUCCAGAGGGAAAACAGAUGCUGGGAUCACCACAUUGUUGAAAGAUGUUUCUGCUUUCCCUGGGGAAGCCUGGCACGAAGCCCAGAUAAAAUCACCUGACAGCCACUCAGGGAAGCAAUCCUUCAAGUUGGUAAGAAGCAGGAACAGUUGUCCCCUGGGCUGUACACUCUCCUCUAAUGGGAAAAGAAUACGUAGAUUUAAGACAAGCCAAGAUUCCCAAAAGGAAAAUAAAGGAACCACAUCUUCUCCCAACAAGGACAAUGGCAACAAGACCUAUAUGGACGAGGUGUGCUACAUCCUUAUCAAUCACACAGCCCUCGGGAGGAACCCAUCAGGGAAUUCUGCUGAAGAGGCAGUCAUCGGAGAACUCUAUGAGAAUGUCUCCUACAAGGCUAACAGGCCCAGAGAGUCUGUGGCACGCACCGAGACAGAGUAUUCACUUCUCCGUGUGCCUUCCACCCCAAGGCAUCCACCUUGCCCCGAACACGAAUAUGAACUUCUCAUGCCUAGCAGAACCUCCCCUUCCUCCCUCCAACAGCCAAGGCCACGUGUGGCCCCAUUUGAGACUCAGUUUUCCGUUUUACAGUGAAGUGACUCAUCUGCCUUUGUUUAGCACCAGUAGAAAAAAGUAAGGGGUGGGGCUCUGGCUGAAGCAGACAUGGGGCUCAGAGCUCCUCGCUUACUUCUCCUGGGUCUCAGUAGAGCAUGGCACACUAACCACAGUGCCUUUCAUAUCCUGCUCGACAUCUGCCAUCCAGAAUCAACCAACUAGUGCUGCAUACCACUACCUGCAAAAAGAGCGACCAUGUUUGGUUCAAAGUGGUGCUGGAAGGGCUCUGCGGCAGGGAGGGCUCCCUGGUCCUCUCAGCGCUGUGUACCACAGAAGAGUCUACUCUCCUGACUGGCUCUGGUUGUUGUUGUUUGGGGUUUUUUGUUUUGUUUUGUUUUGUUUUGUUUUUGUUCUGCAGUACUGAGAAUUGAA